AUGGCGCCACGGUCAAGGACAGGAUGUUUAACCUGCCGUCAGAGGAAGCUGAAAUGUAGUGAAGAGAGGCCCGUGUGUGCGCAGUGCACGAAGGCGAGCCGAGAAUGCAUUCCCGCGUCAGGAAUCACCUUUCGCCAUCAACAGAACCCUUCUAUGAACGCGGAAGACCAUGGUGAAGGCAGUCUUAAGAACUUCUACGGCUACAAGGAGACGUUUGGCAAGCACACGACGUGGGUCGAGAUCCCCAAGGACCUCACCUUUGUCCACACCAGCAACCCCUACGACGAUGGAGAUGAUAGGCCCGGCGGCAUUGCGGGCUACGAUGACGGCGAUACGACCUUUAUGACUGAUGACCUCGCUUCCUUUCACGACACUCACGCGGGUGCUGAGCUUGACCUGCAUCCUACCACCUACCCGUCAUACGCCACCCAUGGCCUCGAGGCACUCAGUGCAGUGGCCAGCCAGGAUCAGUACAGCUUCGCGCCGCCGCCUUCAUCCAUGGAUACGCACGACCAGACCUCCCCUCGGCAGUCCGCUGUCCAAGGACUACAGCCAGGCCCGCCUGCGACAAGUCAAAACAUCGACUACAUCCUCAACCCAUCAUCCGCCAAGGGUGCAUCUCCAGCAAUCAGCAACCUCGAUCCGCAACUCCACUCCCCAACCAACUCCGCCAAGCAGGCCUACGUUUCGAGCCCCGAAGCACACCAAUCCCCCUUUGAACAUGUACGUACCUCAUCGUACAGCCCUGCACAUGACCGGGCGAGCUUACGUCGCAAAGGAUCAAGCCGCGGCGGCGGCGGCGCUCGCGGAGCAGCUAUUACAGAGCCAGAACUAGCCUUCCUCCUCCGGCAUUACUCCGAGUGCAUGGGCUUCUGGAUGGACAUUUUCGACCACGGCUUAUUCUUCUCCUCGCACGUUCCCACUCUGGCUGGACUUGCUCGGGUGAAUGGGCGGAAGGCGGUCAUGGGCGGCCAAAUUACGGCGAAACGCCAAAGCUUGACGGAAAAGUGGCCGGGGCCACGCAUGAGCGCCGAGGCUUGGAGACACCUCGCCAGGCAAUACUACGAUCUUGCCGUGUCGCUGUUGAGACAAGCCCUGGCGGGUGCUACAAGACCUUCAGUGCCAGAGGGCGCAACACCUGGCACUAUAUCAGAUAUACAAGGACAUCCACUUCCAUCCACGGAUUCCGACGAGCUAGUUGCGGCUACCGCCGUGCUAUGCGUGUACGAGUUCUUUGAUGUGUCCGGAGCCGAGUGGAAUCGCCAUCUCGAUGGCGUUCAGAGCCUUUUCGACAUCGCCAACGAUCGCAUGAUGGAUCUCACUCGGCCCCCUUCACCCGCUGCAGUGACUGACAGUAUCACGCAGCGUCUAGCGGCCACGCUCGGCGGCCCCCGUCCAGGGCUCAGCAAAGGCCGUAGGGGUGUCUUCUGGUGCUUUGUUCGUCAAGACAUGCUCUCGGCGUUCAUCAACAACACUCACACUCGAGUGGACACCUCUGACCUGGCGGCGUGGCGUAGUGCGGGCCUCAAGAUCGCGCCAGAUGGUUUCGUAUAUCCCAGUAAUCCCUCACAUGCUGACUACAUUGCCGAAAACGCCAUGGCGGAUGACAUGAUCUGCAAUGCAUUCAUCUGGUUGCUGGCGAAGCUCGUCAACUUCCUCGUGACGCCACAUUCCGUGACGAAUCAGCCCUCUCUCAUUGGGCCUCAGACGAAGCGGCAAAAUCUUUUUACAGAAACUUGGGAAGAGCUUGACGCACAGCUGCAAACGUGGUACGACAGCUUACCAGACAGCUUCGUCGCCUCGGCGAUAAGGCAACCCGAAAACGAGAACCGGAUCGAGGAGAAGUGGUUCCCUAAAUCCAUGUGCGCCAGUACCAUGCAGUGGUGGCACUUUGCCCGGAUCCAGAUGCUUCACAAUAAGCCGUAUGUGGCGCCAGCCCCAAUCUCUUCAUCAGACAAAAGUCACCUUCUCGGCGCAGCAACUCCAGGCAUGAACCUCGCGCAGCAACACGCCAAUUACGCUUCCAUCACUCGGCAAUGCCACGAGCACGCCAAGGAGAUUGUGGCGAUUGGCCUCGGACGCAGCGACGAGGGCGCAAGAGUACACUCCGUGCAGCCGCUGUGGACCGCUGGACUCGUGCUCGGCAUGCACGAUGAGAAAGCGGAGUUCGGCCCACAAAUCGACAUGUGGCGGCGCAGUAUCAUUGAGCAGCUCCGCGGGAUUGAAACCGACACGGGCUGGGCGAGUGAGUACCGCGUGCACUCGCUGCUGGAACUGUGGGGUCUGCCGGCUUAUUGGCAGCUUGAGGAGGCGGAGUGA